AGCCUUUAACCUGGACUACUAUACCGAUGUUAUGGACCUUUCCUAUCUGGUGGAUCAUCUGACGUCUGACCCCUUCUUUAGACGCCACCGUCGACUUCAUGAAAAGCUGGCUGAGGUCAUUGAGGAUUAUGGACUAGUGACCUUCACACCACUCAGCAUCAAGGUUAGGUGUUUGGAAUGGAGGCGGACAAUUUUGGAUCUGAACAAAUAUAAUUCUUAAUUAAGCACACUGUUAAAGAAGGCAGAGCAUAGUUAAAUUUAGAGGUAGAAAUUAAUGUUUGCAAAGGUAAUUGAGGUUUUUAUAUUCUUUCUUUUUCAGGAUGAGCAAAGCUUGCAGAAAGUCCUAUCUACUGUGGAUAAAGCUAGCGGCUUUUGUUAUGGGGACCAGCAAAGAUCUAUGGGGAACCUCAUGUCUGUAGCUGUGGGAGCGGACUUCCACUUUACUUCGUAUCCUAAUGAAGUUUUCCCAAUUUCCCUUAUCAUUGUGUACUUAUUUAUCAUUCUCUCACUAUCUGUAUAACUUCCUUUUAUGCCACAAAUGUAUUAAUUCCUUAACAUAACUGCUACAGAACAUUGGCAUUUCAGGAGAAGUAUGUGGAACAAGAGAAGCGCACUGUUGAGGAAGAGACCUUAGAUUUGUGACCUACAACCAUCAUAAAUUAUUUUUUUUUUUAAAGGAAAAACUCUUGUUCUGAUACUUGAACAAUGACAUUAGGGAGGCGGGUGUGACACACUGUGUGAAGGAAGAUAUAUUCUAAAGAAGAAGCAGAGAAUUUCCUGUAUUCUCUGAUUGUACAUACAUCACCAGAAGACAUUAAAAUAUAACUGUUUAUUUAUUAAAAAUACUGAC